AGACAGAAAUAGAUUUUUGCAGUUGCACAUCUAUUGCUGCAUCAGUACUCUUUGGAAGCUCGCCUUCAUAUAAACUACAAAACCCAGAAAUAUGGUAAAAACUUUUAUUAUAUUAAAACAAAGUAGCUAGUUUAAUAUUUUAAUUAUUUAUUUAGAUUAAUUAAUUACCUUUAUAUAACAUUUUAUAUGUAAAAAUAAACUUUCUUUUAUUUUUACUAGACCGAAGUGAAACUCUCAGAAUCCCAGCAAAAAGGUAUGUUAAUCAUUUCCUUCUUCGAAUACUAACAUCCUUUAUUUAAUUCUAAAUAUGUAAUUUUUCCCUUUUUUUAACUUAAGAUAGUAUAUUUUAAAGUUAGAAUCUAAGUGAAAACCCUCUAAAUAUCUUAAUCUCUUAUGCUUAGAAGAGGGGAGGAGAUCAAAUUUCCAUCGGCUAACCAAAAAGUUUAUGCUCCUUUCUAGCAUACUUUUUUCAUUUAUUGACCUUAUUCCAACUCUUUCCGCUAUAUAGGAAGGAGAGAAGAGAAGGGAUAUGCUGGUGGAAAUUUUUAAUCUUCUCUACUGAUUUAUAUAAGGCAAAUGGUAGAUUAUUACGACUAGUUUCGAGUGUUAUGGUCCAAUUUUUAAAACUUAUACAUGUAUUUGUUUAUAAAAGGGGAAAGAUAAGUUAUAAAAUACAUCGGUAAAUGUAAGAUAUAUUGAAGAAAAUUUACUAAUAUUUAUAUAACAUUUCUAAAAACCAUCAAUCCAUACAAAAAGAGUUUAAGAAUGUUUUCCGUUAAAUACUUUUAAUUCGUUAAAGACAAUAAGAAAACUAGUUUGUAUAAAUAAUUUUCUUGCCGUCUGCUUAAGUGUUUUCUUAGACAAGUAAACUUGUAGUUUCUUUAUUUAAUUCUAUAUAUUUGGCGCCAUCUAGCGAUAUGCCUUAUUUUUCUUUAGCUUGUCAAGACGCUUUCAAUGCUUAUGAUAAGAGGGAUCAAGGAAAAAUUAAGACUGGAGAUAUUAGCGGAGCUAUGAAGGAUAUUGGUCACACUAUUAAGCCUGAUUGGUUGGAGAAAUUCGAAGAUGAAAUCGAUACAGAGGGAACCGGCUUUAUUGAAUUCGAAGAAUUUUGCGAUAUUGUUAAGAGAAAGAUGCAAGAGGAUGAAGACGAAAGAGAGUUGAAAGAAAUCUUUAGGGUCCUAGAUAAGGAAAAGAAAGGAGAGGUUGACGUAAAUGAACUUCGUUGGAUUUUGAAAUCACUCGGAGAUGAUUUGACGGAAGAAGAUAUCGAUGAUAUGAUCGCCGACGUCGAUACAGAUGGUUCUGGCUGGGUUGAUUACGAAGGUAAAUGA